AGGUGGUUGGUGGAAUGACCUGGUGCAUCACUACCUGUAAUUUUGAUAUUGAUGUGGAUCUGCUCUUCCAAGAAAACUCUACCAUUGGACAGAAGAUAGCGCUGACAGAGAAGAUUGUGUCUGUUCUGCCCAAGAUGAAAUGCCCCCAUCGACUGGAGCCGCAUCAGAUCCAGGGUCUGGAUUUUAUCCACAUUUUCCCUGUCAUCCAGUGGCUGGUGAAACGCGCCAUCGAGACCCGGCAGGAGAUGGGCGACUAUAUUCGUUCCUACUCGGUGUCCCAGUUCCACAAGGAGCACAGUCUCCCCGAGGACCAGGACUUUGAGCUCCGCAGAGAGAAGACAGUGAGGACUCUGAGUGAGACUCUCGAUGUGUACCGACCGCGCAGGAAGUAUAAGCGCCAGGGGGGCAGCUCAGAACUGAUGGAUGAAGAGUCACGGGUCCAUUCUACGCUGCUGGAGUAUGGAAGGAGGUACGGACUCAGCAAGCAGAUGAAGCCUGAGAAGCCAGAAGAUCGGAGGGUACCGGUGCCCCAAGGCCUUGUGGGUAAAGGGGAAGUGCGGGAGGAGGAGGAGGAACUGCGAGCAGAGGAAGAGCUCCGGAUCAAGGCGCUAAUGACAGAGAUGGCGGCUACGGGAAUGGAGGAGGGGCGCCUGACUGCCAGCACCGUGGGGCAGAUUGUGGGGUUGCAGUCGAAAGAGAUAAAGCAGAUGGUGUCGGAAUACGCAGAGAAGCAGUCAGAGCUUAGUGCAGAGGAUCGGGCAGAAUAUCUGGGAGCGGCCCAACAGCACCGCAGGAAGGUCGCCUCACUCAGCAAGCUGAUUGGCCAAAGGAAGAAGCUGCUGGACCAGCUGCAGGAAAAAGCCUCUGAGCUCCAGUCUGGGUGCGGCGAGACCAGGAAGCAACUGACUGAGGUUACAAGUCAUAUGGAGAAGUUGGACCAGGAGCUUUCUGUUCUGGAGAACAUGGAGUCCAAAGCCGACCCAAGUGUUUUACAGAAACUGAGGGACCUGGUAGCGCAGAAUGAGAGUCUGAAAGCGCAGGAGCAGCAGUUCCGCUCCAAGUGCCGCGAGGAGAUGUCUCGGCUGCAGCAGAACAUCGAUGGGCUGAAAGCAGCGGCUACAGAACACGGAGAGGAGAAGGAGCAGACGCAGGCAUUUGAGCAGCAAUACAAGGCUGAGAGGGAGAAGCUACAGAAGAUCCGCCUCCUGCUGGCGCGCAGAAACCGAGAAAUUGCAAUUUUGCAGCGGAAAAUCGACGAGGUUCCCAGCCGCGCAGAACUGACGCAGUAUCAGAAGCGCUUUAUUGAGCUUUAUGGGCAAGUGUCGGCCACUCACAAGGAGACCAAGCAGUUCUUCACCCUGUACAACACCCUGGAUGAUAAGAAGGUUUAUCUGGAGAAAGAGGUGAACCUGCUGAACUCCAUCCAUGACAACUUCCAGCAAGCGAUGGCUUCGCCCAGCGCCCGGGACCAGUUCCUCCGGCAGAUGGAGCAGAUCGUGGACGGGAUCCGGCAGAGUAGGAACAAGAUGGAGAAGAAGAAGCAGGAGAACAAGAUGAAGAGAGACCAACUGAAUGACGAGUACCUGGAGCUGCUGGAGAAGCAGAGGUUGUACUUCAAGACGGUCAAGGAGUUCAAAGAGGAAUGUCGCAAAAACGAAACCCUACUGAGUAAGAUGAAGGGUCCGACUCCAUGAUGGGGCGGUGGGGGGCGAGGCGCAGAGGGAGGGGUCUCUGGCACAGCACAGGGGGGAGUCGCCAUUCACUCUCAGACACUCCCCCAUCUCCCCCCAGGAUGCCGCCUCCUCUGUGCUAUAAAGGGUUAAAGCAUAACUGGAACUGUCCCAAUAAAUAUAAUUUCUUACUGCA